AGUUCAACACAACAUCAAGGACUAUAAAAGGCCUUAAGGCAUAGUGCUAUCAACAGUGUGUUUUUGAACUCGAAACCUUCACAAGUUAAGCUUUACCUCAAAAUUCAGCAACAUGCCUGCAUCAGGAAAGGUAAAUGCCUCAUUAGGUUGUAAAGAGGUUACAAUAUUCCUCUGAAUUACCAUAGAAUUUUUAUUUCAAACGAUAAGUGUCUAUCACAACAAACUUUGAAUCAGAUUUCUUGCACAUUCUUGACAGGAUAAAAUCUAGACUUUCUUGAGCGAAAGAGAUAAAAUUGGACUUGUAACGUGGCUUUGUAGAUUGCAUAGAAAAGGAAGUCAUAAAAGCUUGGGGGAAGGGGAUAGGGGUUUUGUGUUAUUUCUCGCUCUAUUUAAAAAUACUUACCAGUGCUUACCGUGGCUUCGUUAUUUCAAGAAAACAGUUAUGUAAAACAAAAAAUAUUAAUUAUUAACCAUAAUAAUAACGUAUUUAUGAUCAUAAUGUUUUCAGAAAAUUGUGCAAAGCGAAGAACUCAGACGUCAGAUAAAUACUGGUUUGGGAAAGGAUGAUUACCUUGAAGGUAAAGCUAGGCUACAUUAAAUGUCAUGCGAUGACCUUCUUUCAUAUAAUUCUUCACUCCGCAGUUCUCAUAUAUAAUCUUCACAUAUUCAUAACUUCAAAAACUAUAUAGUUGUUACAAAAAUAACUCAAAACAAUGCGCUCUGAGUUAAAUGAAGUAAAACAAAAGAAAUGAACUGCUAACCCCUGAAAACUCAAGGACAUUUCUUUUUUCUUAUACCCCAAAAGCAAGAGAAAAUAGAUUUUUUAUUCUUGCCCACAGCCAUGGAGCCAAGUAAUAAUUAUAAUUUGAAACUAGACCGUCCACAGUCCCCUAUUUUUUCGUAAGACAGUCGAUCAGGAUCAAGCGCUUUUUCAUUUGUACCAAGGGGCGGGCGUCGGGGUCUAUCAAAUCCAAGAUGGCCGCCCGUAAUACAAAGCGGUCGAUCUCUACGAACUUACGAAAAAAUAGGGGACUGCGAACAGUCUAAUUUGAGACUAAAGCCUAUUAUGGCGUAUAGAAAUGUGAUACCUAGACUAUUUUCGCUCUCAUAUUCUAUUUAAUUUUUAUCAUUUAACAUUUUCAGGCCAGCUUUUGUGUAGGGAUUCCAAGAUCCAGGUGCUUCCUGCAGCCUUCUAUCUGAAUGAAAAUGUUAAUUUUAAACAAACUGCUACAUCAGGAAAAAUGAGCACACAAGGUUGUUGUUGCUAAGGAGUGCAGCAUGCUUUGUGUAGGGAUUCCAAGAUCCAGGUGCUUCCUGCAGCCUUCUAUCUGAAUGAAAAUGUUAAUUUUAAACAAACUGCUACAUCAGGAAAAAUGAGCACACAAGGUUGUUGUUGCUAAGGAGUGCAGCAUGCAGUAUUGAUGUGAAGAAGUUAUUUUAAAAGCACUAUUUAAUAUUUCGAUUAAAUAUCGCUGCUGUCAUUAUAUCAUAAACAUGUAAACUGUAAGCAAUGAUUUUUUCCCAAUACGUUGAAGGUUAAACUGAAAAGAAAACUAUAUUCAUUUUUUGAGCUACAGUUUAGAUGCAGUAUUGUUGUACAUUAAGAUACUCUUCUUAUACUAGGAAUAAAAGCUAUUGAAAUCAUC